UAGUUCAGUUUACGACGUACCACUGGUGAAGGUACGACACAUCGUACACUUGCGUUGUCCAGUAGCGUUUCACCGUAUACUUUACAUUAACGUGAUUUAUUUUUCUCAAUCCUUUCCUUCAUCGAUUUUCGAAGCAAUUAUCGAGUAAAACAUUGUUUAACUUUAGAUUAUAAUGGCAUCGAACGUAACAGAAUUUUAUAACGGUAAAACUGUGUUUCUCACCGGUGGAACUGGAUUCGUUGGUGUCUGCCUGAUCGAAAAACUAUUGAGGUGUAUGCCCGACUUGAAAAACAUUUAUGUGCUCCUCCGACCGAAAAAAGGGAAAAAAAUAGAGGAGAGAUUGGAAGACAUUAAAAAGAAUUCGGUAUUCAACAGAUUAAAGGAAGAGAACAAGACAAAUCUUUUUAACAAAUUGAUUCCUAUAGCUGGUGAUGUGGGAGAAGAAAAUUUAGGCUUAUCAUCUGCAGAUAGACUGACUCUUGUUGAGGAUGUUAACAUUGUUUUUCAUUCUGCAGCAACAUUGGAUUUUGAAGCAGAUCUGAAAUCUAAUACAAACAUUAACUUAUUAGGUACACGCAGAGUCGUACAGCUUUGCCAAGAAAUAAGAGAUUUGAAGGCUUUAGUGCAUGUCUCUAGUGCAUAUGUAAACUCAGUGUUGACUGAAGUGGACGAACAAGUCUAUCCUGCGCCAUAUGAUGUAAAUGAAUUAAUCGCGUUAGUAGAAAAACUGGAUAUUGAAACGUUGAAACAAGAAACCCCAAGUAUAUUAAAGGAUCAUCCAAAUUCUUACACAUUCACAAAACAUUUAGCUGAGCAUGAAGUUAAAAAUGGAGGUAUUCCUGCUGCUAUUGUGCGUCCUUCAAUGAUAACAGCAUCAUGGAAGGAACCAAUUCCUGGAUGGACAGUAUCAAAGAAUGGUAUACAAGGAUUUUUAAUGGGUGCUAGCAAAGGUGUUAUAAGAAGAUUACCAGUUGUAAAAGACAUAAUUUACGACUACAUUCCAGUGGAUCUGGUUGUAAACAAUCUCAUUGUUGCAGCUUACGCUGUGAAUCAAGAUAGUAAAGGAAAGUUAAAAGUGUACCAUUGUACAUCAGGUACACGCAAUCCAUUCAAAUGGGCUAACAUCGAACCGAAAAUUAAUUAUUAUUUACAUAAAUAUCCAUUACAAAGUGCAGUUUGGUAUCCGUAUCUUAAAUUGCUACCUUCGAUCUUCAUGUUUAGGCUCUCUGCAAUUUUUGUACAUUUAAUUCCAGGAUAUAUUUUGGAUAUAGUUGCAAAAUUAACGGGUGGUCGACCAAUUUUGGUACGAUUACACACAAAUGUUAAUAACUCAUUGGAUCGUCUAAAGACGUUUAUUUUUACUGAAUGGAAGUUCUAUAAUCCUCGUACGAUAGAUUUACAUGAUUCGCUAUCAGAGAUUGACAAAAACCUCUUUAAUUUAGAUAUUAAGCCACUGAUAUGGGAAAGCUACUUUAUUGAUUUGACACAGGGAGUUAGACAAUAUUUGAAUAACGAAUCCCCAAAAUCAUUGGAAAAAGCGCGUUCCAAAGAUAAGAUUCUACUGGUUGCUCAUAUUGGCUUGCAAGCUGUAUUGUUAGGACUUGUUUGGUGGCUGGUCAAAACUAUUUUUGCCACUUCUUGGACUGCUGCUGGUUUAGUCGUUCCUAUUACUUAUCUUCUUUUUGAUGAAUUAUAGACUACAUACAUAAUUUAACUAAAAUUAAUAAAUAUCUCCAUUUUAUAUAUAUACAAUAUUAUAUAUAUAUAUAUAUAUAUAUAUAUAUCGGGUAAGGAUACGUUCUCCGCGCUUUUUCAGUGUAAUUCAUUAAGAGUACACUCAGAUUUUUAUACACUGAAAGUGAUCAGUGCGGUGUUGGGAAGGACAAUUGUUUAUACAUUAUUAUAAAAUGUUUAACUUUUUCUAUAGUUUCAUACGACAGCGAUGCUGGAGAUAUUAUAAUAUAUAUAUAACCUACAAUGACUAUCGAAAUUUUUUUAUUUCCUUUAAAUUAUAUUAUAAAUUUAUUCAUUGCUCUGUAACAACAAGAUAAAAUUUGCUUUGUACCACUUCAUUUAAUCGUUAGAAGUUACAAAAUUGUGACUCAUAAUUUAUUAGUUUUCAAACAAAUAUUUCUAUGUGCAAACUUUUAUAACGCGUGAUUUAAAUACACCACAAUAAAAUUAGUCUUUAUGUA